UCGUCACUUUUGUUGUUAUAACGCAUAAUGGCGGCAGUUGCUUCAAAAAAUAUUUUUAGGGGAAUUUAAUAAUUAACUUAACCUUGACUGUUGAAGCUUUGGUGAAAUCUUUUGAGAUGAAAUACUAGCAAACAUUUUCACAAAUUAAAGAAUAGAUGACCGCUAAAAGAAGAAACAGCAGUGGAUAUAAAAACGUUUUUAACAAUACUGUCAAAUUUAAACAGAAAUAUAUCGUGCUCUAAAAGAGGAGGAAGAUAUGUUAUCAGUUGUCAAUUCUAAAGUCCUAUCACUCCCUCCGGAGGUAGAGGAGGGAAAUAUUGAAUAUAAGCUUAAGCUUGUAAAUCCCUCCUUAUAUCGUUUGGACCACUUAGUGACACAGAUGAAAUGGAGGUUGCAGGAAGGUGACGGCCAAGCCAUCUAUGAGAUUGGCGUGGAAGAUAAUGGUUGCAUGUCUGGACUUGAAAAGGAUGAGCUGGACUCGUCCUUGGAGACCUUGUCUAAAAUGGCUGAAAGACUGGAAGCAGAAACUUUAACUGUCCGCAAACAAAGGAUUGAUACCACAGAUCGUUACAUGGCUGAAGUUCUUGUGAGAAAAAUACCUGAUAAUCAAGAGUUUGUUGAUAUUCGUGUUGCAUGUUUGGGUAAUGUUGAUGUUGGCAAGAGUACUUUACUUGGUGUGUUAAGUUAUGGAAAUUUAGAUAAUGGACGAGGUCGAGCUAGAUUAAACAUGUUUCGUCACUUACAUGAAAUUGAAUCUGGUAGAACAUCCAGUAUAAGUCAUGAAAUUCUCGGAUUUGAUUCUAGUGGAAAGGUUUUAAACUACAGCGACUCCACAGCCGAAGAAAUUUGUGCGUCAGCCUCCAAACUCAUCACUUUUCUCGAUUUGGCAGGACACCAUAAAUACAUUAAAACAACAAUAUUUGGACUGACUGGUCAUUCACCUGACAUUGUGAUGUUAACUGUUGCUGCGAAUAGGGGACUUGCUGGAACGACGAAAGAACAUUUAGGUUUAGCAGUCGCUUUGAACCUACCUUUUUUAAUUGUGAUAACCAAAGUAGAUAUUUGUAGUGCUGACAUGUUGCAAAAGACAAUUUCACAACUGGAAAGGGUACUUAAAAGUGCUGGCUGUAAAAAGAAGUUACCGAUGGUUAUUAAUGAUGAAGAGGACGUUCUUUCGGCAGCUCAUAACUUUUCAACAGGAGGCGUGGCUCCUAUAUUCAAAGUAUCAAGUGUAUCUGGACACAAUUUAAAGCUACUGAGAUCGUUUUACAACAAUUUACCGUCGAUAAGAAAAAAGGAUGAGUUGGAAGAAUUGGUGAAAAAACCUGUUGAAUUUCAGAUAGAUGAGGUGUUUUCGGUGCAAAAAGUUGGUCCUGUGUUGGCAGGGACAUUACGUAGUGGCACCAUACAUGAAGGAGAUGAGGUACUGGUUGGCCCCACGGAAGAUGGUUUAUUCAAUGAAGUUACUGUUUCAUCUAUACAUCGCAAUAGAACUCCAUGUCGUAUCAUUCAAGCUGGCCAAACAGCAUGCAUUGCAGUUAAACCGACGCCACACUUCGAUCAAACAUUUAGACGGGGGCAAGUUCUGCUUCCAAUUGGAAUAAAAGACGAUGGUGAUGCGGCUACAUGUUUAGAAUUUGAAGCUGAGGUCUUUAUUUUGUUUCACACCACAAAAAUAUCAAAGAAUUACCAAGCAUCUGUUCACGUUGGAAAUGUCAUUCAAACAGCUAUAAUAGAAAAUAUUACGAAUGAGAAGAUUUUAAAAACUGGUCAGCGGGGUGUGGCAAGAUUUAAAUUUUUACGGCAGCCGGAGUAUUUACGAAAAGGGGAUCGAAUAUUGUUUCGAGAAGGUCGCAAUAAGGGUAUCGGAGAAAUCACUAAAAUCUUUCCGUACUCAUUAAAGCGAAAAAACUCGUUGGGUGAUUCCGAUUAACAGACAAAGUAUUUGAUGUCCCGUUACCGGAUGUUUUUCGAGUUGCGCUGGUCAUUUUGUAAGAAGUUACUGGAUGUUGUCGAGUGGUAGUUCGUAAGAAGAGGAUACACCAUACUCUUGCUUCUUAUGUUUUUUUAGUUAAAUUUUAUGUGAUAGCAAUCUUAACAGUUUAAAAGGUAAGAUUAGAAAGUAAAAAGGUAUUCGUACAAGUUUUUACGCGCGUGAAACUUCAGGGACUCUCAAAAUCUAUAAAUAUUAAAGCCUCGCAAAUGUUAUUCGAAAACUGCGUUCAGUGAAGUCACUUGUUCACUCGCACAACCUCCAUUUGAUGCAUGGUUAGCUAUAUUAAAAUUUAACUCGCCUCUUAAAUCCCCCGAAAACCAGGCAAAAAAUCGAUUUUUUGAUAUUCGUUUUUUAUUGCACUAUUGACGAUGAGGACUUGUGUUGCACGCCAGUGCAUUUUCUCUGCACGUCUAGGUAUCUAAAUUAAUUUAUUCACGUAUAUUAGGAUAUAUCAUCAAAAUAGUUUCUAAUGUUUUUGUGUUCAUAAUUUACACAAGUUCUAGUCACUUAUUAUUAGUUUAUGAAAGUUCGCCACUCUUUUAUUGAUAUAGCCUUUCUUUCAAUUUAAUCUCUUAUAGAGAAUUUUUUUUUUAGCUAGAAUAAUAUAGAAUAUUAUAAAAAACGUAUAAACCAAAUUUCAGCAGGGAUCAUGGAUUUUUGAAAUCAAAAACAAAUAUUCUUGAAGUGAAGGUUUUGUUGAUGUUUCUACUCGCCACUAAACUUUCUGAGCCGCCUCUAAAAUUUGUGACUCGUUGAAACUCGCCUUCUAGAAUUUGUAAUUGGCUGAAACUCGGCUAUAUAUAAUUUAUGAUUCGCUUAGUUGAUAACCCAUUCUUAAAUGUUAAAGGGUGAUUUUUGUAUGCAUAUUUUAUGUUUGUAUAUAUGUAGCAAGUGUAGUAUGGUGUAAAUGACUAAAAAAAGUAAUAAUUUUGUAUAUACUUGGAAAGAAACUUUAUUUUUUCUUCA